AUGGCGAACCCUGUUAACUAUAAAUUAACCAACAUUUCAAAAUUUUAACAAACCUCUCUUUGGAAGCAAAGGUUAAAACUUAAAACCUAGGAGCUUUGUUUUCGCUUUCAACACAAUUUUUAGCACCAGCAAGAUGGCUUAUGAAAUCAGUGAGCAAAAGAAGGUUGGCAUAGGUCUUGUUGGUUUUGGGAUCCUCUUCUCAUUUCUUGGCAUCAUUCUAUUUUUUGACAGGGGUUUGCUUGCUCUGGGAAAUAUAUUAUGGUUGGCAGGUGUUGCCCUUUUACUGGGUUGGCGGUCGACACUGCAACUUUUUACAGACAGAAGGAACUAUAAGGGAUCUGUUUCAUUUCUUCUUGGGAUGUUCCUCAUAUUUGUUCGUUGGCCAAUAGCUGGUAUAAUCACAGAAUUUUAUGGCUGCGUUUUUCUCUUUGGUGGAUUUUGGCCAUCUAUUAAGGUAUUUCUCUAUCAGAUUCCGCUACUUGGAUGGCUGCUGCAGUAUAUCCUACACUGAUUCUUGAUCGUCUAUGAAGGAGCUGAGUUGAAGGACAGAAAGACUUUAUCAAAUUUGGAGAAGCAAUCAAAGGACCUACUAACAAAGUGUUAAAGCAGAUGAUUUACGAUUUUUAUCUUCAGUUAAUGUUUGGAAUUAUGUAUUCUAAUGGCUGUCAAAUGUAAUUAUAAUGUCUUCAUUGUAAUUAUGUAUUCUAAAUGGAAUUAUGUAUUCUAGUUGUCUUCAUCCUACUACUUGUAGUUCCUUUUUCAUACGAAGUUUAUUGUUA